GUUCAUACGGUCAUAAGCCAGACCGAAGACACAGACUUUGCUGUAUGUGACCAUUCUGCUCUUGCAAAGUUACAGAAAAAGCAGACAUGAGCCUCCAGACUUUGCUGUGUGUGACGGAGCUGCUCUGCAAACUUACAGGAUGUGUUUCGAUCGUGGGGGGCCGUGAUGCACUCAGGGGGGCGUGGCCCUGGAUGGUCCACGUGGAGUGGAAGCAUGGUCGAAUAUGUGGAGGAUCACUGGUUUCAGAUCAGUGGGUCUUGACUGGAGGUUCCUGCAUUAUUGCAUACACAAAACCUAAGUUAGGCCUGUUUGCUCUGGUUGGGGAGCUGAGCCUGAGGGAACCUUCUGGAAGGCUGGUGAAGGUGAAGCGGGUGGUGCAGCACCCAUAUUACAGAUGGGAUGAAACAAACAUCAACAACAUCGGCCUGGUGCAGCUGCAGGAGGCCGUGUCCUUCUCCGACACAGUGAAGCCUGUGAUACUGCCCAGCCCCCGAGACGUCUUCAGCCCCGACACUGAGUGCUGGGUCACUGGAUGGGGCUACGUAGCUGAGAGCACACCGCUGGGUGGGAAGCAGACUCUCCAGGAGGUGCAGGUCUCUCUGGUUGAUGAUGUCACAUGUCGUCGGAUCUACCCCGAGACGACUGACCGCAUGCUGUGCGCCGGUGACCCAAGGGGAGGAAAAGACUCCUGUCAGGGUGACGCUGGUGCGCCCCUAGUGUGUGUCCUAGCAGGAGAGGUGGAGAGGAGGUUUGUGCAGGUCGGCAUUGUCAACUUUGGGCAGGGCUGUGCUCAUGUGGGAUUACCUGGAGUCUACACACACGUCCUCAGCUACACGCAGUUCAUCAGGGACACCAUUCAAGAGACAGAAUGCAACGAUCUUCCACCUUUUGAAGCGUGUUUUCUGUAAGCAGCCAGUGCAGAUGUCAUUUUUUAAAGUGAGUGAAUAUUAUUCAGUAAUAGUUGAUUGUGCAUCUCAAGCCCUUCAGCUGCCCACCCGUAUAACCCUCUGCAGGGCCACAUUCAUCUUCCAUUACAUUUGCACAUGCUUGAUGUACUUUGAUGUACUUGAUGUUCUGCUAUUAUUGCUCUUAAAAUAAAAAGCACAGGAUUUGUAACAUUUUAAA